UCUCCUCGCCCCCGACCUCCAUUUCCUCUUCUGCACGCGGCGGGGCCGACGGUGUGGGCUAAGCCGACCGCCGGGCCUCAGACUGGACCCCACAAUGUUUGCAGAGAUGUUCAGGCCCGUGGGCGCCGACCACACACAAUGAAUGGGGGCAAUGAGAGCAGCGGAGCAGACAGAGCUGGGGGCCCUGGGGCCACACCUGUCCCCGUGGGCUGGCAGCGCCGUGUUCGAGAGGGUGCCGUGCUCUAUAUCAGCCCAAGUGGCACAGAGCUGUCUUCCUUGGAGCAAACCCGGAGCUACCUCCUCAGCGAUGGGACCUGCAAGUGCGGUCUGGAGUGUCCACUCAAUGUCCCCAAGGUUUUCAACUUUGACCCUUUGGCCCCGGUGACCCCGGGUGGGGCUGGGGUGGGGCCAGCAUCAGAGGAGGACAUGACCAAGCUGUGCAACCACCGGCGGAAAGCCGUUGCCAUGGCAACUCUGUACCGUAGCAUGGAGACCACCUGCUCACGUUCUCCUGGAGAGGGAUCGAACCCCCAGAUGUUCCACACUGUGUCCCCGGGGCCCCCUCCUGCCCGCCCACCCUGUAGAGCCCCUCCUGCAACUCCACUUAAUGGGGGUCCCGGUUCCCUUCCCCCAGAACCACCCUCAGCCCCACAGGCCUUCCCCCCACUAGCAGGCCCUGGGGGGCUCUUCCCUCCGCCGAGGCUUCCUGACCCAGUCCCUUCUGGAGGUGGCGGCAGCCCCCAUUUCCUCCCCAGGGGAAAUGCCCCCUCUCCAGCCCCACCUCCCCCACCCGCUAUCAGCCUCAACGCCCCCGCGUACAACUGGGGAGCUGCCCUCCGAUCCAGCCUGUUGCCCCCUGACCUGGGUGCGCCUCCAGCUCCUCGGGCAUCCUCCUCCCCACCGACAGACCCUCCUCUCUUCCACUGUAGUGAUGCCUUAACACCCCCUCCUCCGCCCCCAAGCAAUAAUCUCCCUGUUCCCCCUGGCCCCCCUGGCCCCACCACUCAGCCGCCAGUGUCUUCAGCCACUAUGCACCUGCCCCUGGUCUUGGGGCCCCUGGGAGGGGCACCUGCAGUGGAGGGGCCUGGGGCACCCCCCUUCCUUGCCAGCAGCCUACUCUCUGCAGCGGCCAAGGCACAGCAACCCCCUCUUCCCCCUCCCCGCACUUUACAGGGCCGAAGGCCCCGUGCCCAGGCGCCCCCCGCUUCCCACUCGUCCCCCAGACCCUCCCAGCGCCGCCCUCGCCGACCUCCGGCUGUACUGCGGUUGCUGGAGGGCGGGGGGCUUCAAGCCCCCAGAAGGAGCCGCCCCCGGGCCCCGGCCCCUGUCCCCCGGCCCUUUCCUCUCCCUGAGCCAUCCCAGCCGGUCCUCCCUUCUGUGCUGUCCCUGCUGGGGCUCCCUGGCCCCAGCCCUUCCCACUCUGACGGAAGCUUUAACCUUUUGGGGCCAGGUGCACACCUCCCUCCUCCCCCGACCCCCUCCUCAGGGAGCCCUCCCCCGCCCAGGCACCCCAUCCAGCCCUCCCUGCCUGGGACCGCCAGUGGCAGCCUCAGCAGUGUGCCAGGUGCCCCUGCCCCGCCAGCUGCCUCCAAAGCCCCCCUGGUCCCCAGCCCCGUGCUUCAAAGCCCCGCGGAAGGGCUUGGGGCGGGGGCGGGCCCAGCCUGCCCCCUGCCUCCCCUGGCUGGUGGGGAGGCCUUCCCGCUGCCCAGCCCCGAGCAGGGCCUGGCCCUGAGUGGAGCCGGCUUCCCGGGGGUGCUGGGGGCCUUGCCUCUUCCUCUGGGGCUGGGGCAGCCACCCCCUUCUCCAGUGCUCAGCCACAGUUUGUUUGGUGUGCUGGCGGGGGGAGGGGGCCAGCCGCCCCCUGAGCCCCUGCUGCCCCCGCCCGGGGGACCUGGCCCUCCCAUAGCACCAGGCGAGCCUGAAGGGCCUUCGCUUUUAGUGACCUCCCUGCUUCCGCCGCCCCCCUCAGACCUCCUGCCACCCCCUUCUGCACCUCCUAGCAACCUCCUAGCUUCUUUCCUGCCCCUGCUGACCCUGGGCCCCACAGCUGGGGACAGCGAAGGAUCUGCAGAGGGAGCUGGGGGUCCAAGUGGGGAGACAUUUUCAGGUUUGGGAGACUUGCCCCCCCUGCUAUUCCCCCCACUUUCAGGCCCCCCUACCCUCAUAGCUUUAAAUUCUGCGCUGCUGGCUGCCAGCCUGGACCCGCCCCCGGGGACACCCCCCCAGCCCUGCGUCCUGAGUGCCCCCCAACCUGGACCACCUACCUCCAGUGUCACCACGGCAACUACUGACCUGGGGGCCUCCUCUCUGGGCAAGGCCCCCUCCAACUCAGGGAGACCCCCCCAACUCCUUAACCCUCUGCUGAGUGCCAGCCUGCUGGGUGACCUGUCCUCGCUGACCAGCGGCCCUGGAACCCUCCCCAGCCUGUUGCAGCCUCCUGGCCCUCUUCUCUCUGGCCAGUUGGGGCUGCAGCUCCUCCCUGGGGGGGGAGCCCCUCCAUCCCUCUCAGAGGCCCCCCUAGCCUGCCUGCUACAGAGUCUCCAGACCCCUCCAGAGCAGCCAGAAGCGCCCUGUCUGCCGCCCGAGAGCCCCACCUCAGCCCUUGAACCAGAGCCUGCCAGGCCUCCCCUCAGUGCCUUAGCCCCACCCCACAGUUCUCCUGACCCUCCAGUCCCUGAGCUGCUCACUGGGAGGGGGUCAGGGAAACGGGGCCGGAGGGGAGGAGGGGGACUUAGGGGCAUUAAUGGUGAGGCCAGGCCAGGCCGGGGCCGAAAGCCUGGUGGUCGGCGGGAGCCUGGUCAGCUGGCCCUCAAGUGGGGAGCACGCGGGGGCUUCAACGGACAAGUGGAGCGGUCCCCGAGGAGGACGCACCACUGGCAGCAUAAUGGGGAGCUGGCUGAAGGGGGUGCGGAGCCCAAGGAUCCAUCCCCGCCUGGGCCCCCUUCUGAGGACCUUAAGGUGCCUCCAGGGGUAGUCAGAAAGUCUCGUCGAGGCCGGAGAAGAAAAUCCAACCCCUCCAGGAACAGCAGUAGCUCCCGCCAGGACGUCGCCUUGGACCCCAGCCCCACAACCCGAACGGCUGUCCCUCUGCCCCCCCGGGCCCGCCCUGGCCGUCCUGCCAAAAGCAAGAGGAGGAAGCUGGCCCCCUAGCAGCCACACCUGGAGCUGGCGCUGACCCUGCCUGGGGGCUGAGUGCUGAGCCCUGGGAGCCCCCGCGGCCGCCUGCACCUGCGGACAGUGGGUGGGGCACGACUCCCGCAGAGCACAACGCAGCCCCGCCCUACAACCCAUCCUGAGCCAUUGCAGGGGGUAGGGAAGCUCCCCCUCCCCCAAAGCCAUGUCACUGAAAAGGCAGGCGGGGGUGGUCUCUGGCCCUCUCCCGCCAGGCUAAGGGGAACACCCCCUUCCCCAGGUCUUUUAUUUGUUUAAGUUAUUUUUGCACAAACGGUUUUGAUAUUUAAUUCGACUUCAUUGCCUCCCCUCUUGAAGCCAGCAGGCUCAGUUUACAAACCUGUGAGCUGCUGCUGCCCCCCUUCCUUCCCAGUGAAAGGUACAAAGCAAUAAGCACCACGCGCCCCUCCCUCCAGCACCCCUCUGCCUCUGGCUCAGGUUGCUCAAAGCACAGGUCCCCCCUUGCCCGGUCCCCAGGUUUGAAACACACAGCCUCAUUCCACGUGUAGCCAGCUUCCCUCUGCUUCCCUGUGGGAUAGGAACAGGGGCAGGGGGGCGACGGGAGCCUGCGGCCCCCCGCCCACACACACUACACUGCCCCUUCUCCCCAUCAAAAUGCUCAGAGACGUUGUGAUGAUGCGACCGAGGAUUAUGCAACGUGGUCCAGCCGGAGCGGCCAGCACGACCAGCUGUCCAGGGGCUGCCUCCUGCCUUUUCUUUUGUAAAGACAAGACCCUUGGGAGUUUUAAUUCUGUUUUGUACUCGCCCCGUGGGGCCUCCACUGCUUUUCUAUGGGAGACACUCUUAAUUUAACAGAUGAGAAUAUUUUGAAACUCUG